CAACGUGGAGCCCGCUUCCGUGUCUAACUGUCGACUCAAGCGUGGGUGACAUCCAUCCGUAGUCGUCUGCUUGUUACCGGAAAUUAGUUAAUGUAAUCGAGAAGAGCUCAGACUGCUUCCCAUCAGAGAGCUGCCCCUCCGUCACAUGCUGCUCUCCAGGACGCCUACUGCACAGCCACAUGAGCCGCGUUCAGGACACAAAACUCAGCCUGGAUCUCGGUUUUUUUCUCUCGUUCCCUCUCUCAUGGACGCACAAGUUUUUCUUUGUUUAAUUUAAUGGCGCUAUGAAGUGAAACUCCGCCAUAUUCAUCAAAUCUACCACACCCGUCAACAACAGCGCGCGACUAUAAAACUUUUAAUUUCACUUUAAAAUACUUGCUUUUCUACAAAAGACAACAAAUAAGGGAGGUGACGCCUAUCCCGGGCACGAUGACCCUGAUGGCGGCGGGGGCUUGUUGCCUCAGCCCGGAGGCCAAAGAGGCUCGCAGGAUCAACGACGAGAUCGAACGGCAGCUACGCCGCGACAAGAGGGACUCUCGACGGGAAUACAAGCUUCUCUUGCUGGGGACGGGCGAGAGUGGGAAAAGCACCUUCAUCAAGCAGAUGAGGAUCAUCCAUGGCCGUGGGUACUCAGACGAGGACAAGAGGGCGUACACCAGGCUGGUCUACCAGAACAUCUUCACCGCCGUGCAGGCCAUGAUCCAGGCCAUGAAGAUGCUGCGGAUUCCCUACAAGUACGAACACAACAAGGCCAACGCCAGUAUUGUCAGCGAGGUUAAUUUGGAAACGGUGACAACAUUUACAAAACCAUAUGUGGACGCCAUCAAGAGCCUGUGGGCCGAUCCGGGGAUUCAGGAAUGUUACAAUCGGAAGAGGGAAUACCAGCUCUCGGACUCUGCCAAAUACUAUCUGAAUGACUUGGAUCGGAUCUCCGACGCGGCGUAUUUGCCUUCCCAGCAGGACGUGCUGCGGGUCAGGGUGCCCACCACGGGUAUCAUCGAGUACCCCUUUGACCUGGAGAACAUGGUGUUCAGGAUGGUGGAUGUUGGCGGGCAGCGCUCAGAGAGGAGGAAGUGGAUUCACUGUUUCGAAAAGGUGACCUCCAUCAUGUUUCUGGUGGCGCUCAGCGAGUACGACCAAGUCCUUGUGGAGUCCGCCCAUGAGAAUCGUAUGGAGGAGAGCAUGGCCCUGUUCCGGACUAUCAUCACCUACGAGUGGUUUGAAGAGUCCUCCAUCAUCCUGUUCCUAAACAAGAUCGAUUUGCUGGAAGAGAAAAUCAUGCAUUCGCAUUUGGUCGACUACUUUCCCGAAUAUAACGGUCCCCAGCGGGAUGUCAAAGCGGGCCAGGAGUUCAUCCUGAACAUGUUUGUCAACCUCCAUCCGAACCGCAAAAAGCUCAUCUACUACCACUUCACCUGCGCCACCGACACGGACAACAUUCGCUUUGUCUUCCGCGCGGUCAAAGACCACAUCCUGCAGGGCAACCUGGAAGACUACAACCUGGUUUAGAGCUGCCACUGGGGGGAGGGGCUUGGUUGCGGUUGCUGUAAUUGGACGUGCUUUGUCGAGCCCGGCGGUCGGAGAAGCCCGAGGCGGCUGAUGAUCACUAGAUUACAAGAUGGGGGCGCAUGUCUCCGAAUGACUGUACUACUGAUGCAUUUCAUACCUUUUUGAAAAUGUCCUAGCUAGCAUGUCCUGACCACUAAACCGCUGCAUUGGUGUCGAGUCGCUCGUGAGAAUCACUCUGAGGCCUUCUUGCUUUUUAAAGUAAAUGAAUGACUAUGACUCGGAUGCAGAGGGACUACUUUUUUGGAGUACGCCAGGCCUCUGAAGACUUCUCUUAGCUUUUGUGCCACUAAAGGGAAGGCAGUUGUAAUCAACACUAAUUGCACAUUUAUUUUUCAAGCUUUCACUGAUUUUGCACACUUGAGUAACUUUGUGUAACCAUUUUGGAACAUUUUGUGUGAGUCGCCAUCUUUUUUUUUUUUUUUACUUUUAUUUCUGCACUGCAUAAAAUCUUAUGAAGGAGUAUUAGGGCCAUCAGACACAUCAAUCAAAUGAUCAGAAAUAAUUACAAUAAUAAAAUAGCGCUAUACAACUAAGAAAAAAAGUUUGAAAAUAACGAGAAAAAAAUGUGAAACUAGAAUGUCACAAAUUUUUUAAGAAAAAGCUGUGAAGCGACACGGAUACAGUUGUAUAUAUACAAGAUUAAAGUUGUAAAGUUAUAGUAAAAACGCACAUUUAUCAUGAUCAAGUCAUCAUAUACCGAGAAUAAAGUCGGAAACAUUACUGGGAAAAAAAGUUGUGAAGUUACACGGAUUGUACACAGCAACAAAGUUGUCAAUUUUUUAUACGUUAAUACAAGAAAAAAAACAUAACAUUCAUGAGGCAAACCAGUAGUAGUAGGAAUACCAGUAGUAACAGUAUUCAAUAUUUCAGUAAAAGUAUUAAAGGAAAAAAAAAUCGUAUUUUUUUGCAAGAAAAGUUAAGCUACAAGAUAGUUUUGCUAAAGUAGUAAUACAAGAAAAAAAUAUUUUUCGGAUAGAAAAGAAAUAGAAAAAUGUACACAGAGUUGUAAAGUGACAAAAUUGAAGUUAUAAAGUUUGUGAACAAAGGCGUAUUUUCCAAGAAAAAUAUGAAUAUGUCAUAACAUCACAAUGAUAAAGCAGUAAUACCACUGUAAUAUGAAUGUACACCACUAAAUAUAAAGUAAUAAUACAAUUGGGGAAAAAAACGCAAAAAAUGCAUUUUUUCCCCAAGAAAAACCCCAUUGGAGGAUAAAAGGGUAAAGCUAGUACAGCUCUCAUAUAAUCACAACCAUACACAUAAAAAUGUAUUUUUUCCUCCAAGCAUAAUUCAUUUUUCUUUUCAGUGUUGCCAUCAAAUCUUUAUGCACAUGAAUACAUUUCAAAGGGAAUCCUUUCUCUUUUUUUUUUGCAAGCAUUUUUAGUGAUUGCAUCAAACUGCGUUAAUAUGUAAUUUUCCUCGGUUAAAAUUGCCUGGCUGUAGAAGUGGGCUGUCGUUUACCCCAAUGUGCGCUAUAAAUAUCACACGGUACACCCCCCCCCCCCUUCCGUUUGGGUUGGUUGAGGUCGGCACGGAGAGGCUGGCUGCUGACGAGAUAAGUGCGGUGUUAAAUAAUCUCUCAGGCAUUAAAUGAGUGCAUUGAAGUGCUCUUUAAAAGGGUUUGGAGUAAAUGAAUACAAAGCUAAUUAAGAGCUUAUUGGUGACACCGCUGUUUACAUGACCUCUGUCUUCUUAUUAAAAAUCAUUUCAUUUUAAUUUAUGGUUGUGUUUCACUCACUGCAGCUUGUUUUAUUCGGCCUCUUGGUGUGUUUUGUAUGUUGAU